AGGGGCGUUGCCAAGGCUUUUUUGUAUAUUUUUUGGAGGAGUAGGGGUAGCACUUGGGGUAACUUCGGUAAAGGUGUGAGUGUCUGCAGGGAUGAAUCUGAAGAAAGCUUGGCUCAUCUUGCUUCUUCUGGGUUUGGCACAUAUUGCCAUAGUAGCCUGUGAUCAAGAAGAGAAAGAAACUGAAGCAAAAGAUGGUGUUGACGACGACGAUGAUGAUGAUGAUGAUGACGACGACGAUGCUGAUGAUGGUGAAGUGAAAGAAGAAAAUGAUGUGUUGGUUCUUACUGAUACCAACUUUGAUACAUAUGUUGCUGAUAAAGACACUGUGCUGCUAGAAUUCUAUGCUCCUUGGUGUGGACACUGCAAGCAGUUUGCCCCAGAAUAUGAGAAAAUUGCAAAGACCCUGAAGGAGAAUGAUCCUCCUAUCCCUGUUGCUAAAGUUGAUGCAACAGUAGCAACAGCGGCUGCUGGCAAAUAUGACAUUAGUGGCUACCCAACCAUCAAGAUCCUCAAGAAAGGCCAGGCAGUGGACUACGAUGGUCCAAGAACCGAGGAAGCCAUUGUAGCAAAAGUGAAAGAAAUCUCUCAACCUGACUGGAAACCACCUCCUGAAGCAACGAUUGUGUUAACAAAAGAUAAUUUUGAUGAUGUUGUAGAUAAUGCCGACAUUAUAUUGGUUGAAUUUUAUGCACCAUGGUGUGGACAUUGUAAGAAACUUGCCCCGGAAUAUGAAAAGGCAGCACAGGAGCUUAGUAAACACACACCAGCCAUACCUUUAGCAAAAGUGGAUGCAACUGUCGAACCAGACCUUGCCACCAAGUAUGGAGUAUCUGGGUAUCCAACACUAAAGAUAUUCCGAAAGGGAAAAGCUUUUGACUACAAUGGACCAAGAGAAAAAUAUGGUAUUGUUGACUACAUGAUCGAACAGGCUGGCCCUCCAUCAAAACAAAUCCAAGCUGUGAAGCAGGUACAAGAAUUCUUGAGAGAUGGAGAUGAUGUUGUAGUAAUUGCUGUUUUUAAUGGAGAAGAUGAGACCGCAUACCAGCUUUAUCAAGAUGCGGCAAACAACUUAAGAGAAGACUAUAAAUUUUACCAUACCUUCAGCCCUGAAAUUGUGAAGUUCCUGAAAGUGUCACCUGGUCAGCUUGUUGUUAUGCAACCAGAAAGAUUCCAGUCAAAAUAUGAGCCGAAAAAGCAUAUUUAUAAAUUCAAAGACUCCUCUACUGAUGCAGAGAUAAGGGAACAUGUCAAAAUGCAUGCACUACCCUUGGUUGGUCACAGGAAGACUUCUAAUGAUGCUAAAAGAUAUACGAAACGUCCCUUAGUUGUUGUCUAUUACACUGUUGACUUCAGCUUUGAUUAUCGUAAAGCCACUCAGUACUGGAGAAGUAAGGUUUUGGAGGUUGCAAAAGAUUUCCCAGAGUACACCUUUGUGAUUGCCAAUGAGGAUGAUUAUACAUCUGAACUGAAAGAUUUGGGAUUAAGUGAAAGUGGAGAGGAAGUAAAUGUUGCCAUUUUUGAUGCAAGUGGCAAGAAAUAUGCAAAAGAGCCAGAGGAAUUUGACACGGAUUCUCUUAGAGACUUUGUAGUGGCAUUUAAGAAAGGAAAGCUUAGUCCAAUAGUAAAGUCACAACCUGUGCCAAAAAACAACAAAGGACCUGUUAAAGUAGUCGUGGGGAAAACGUUUGAACAGAUCGUAAUGGACCCAAAGUCAGAUGUUCUGAUAGAGUUUUAUGCUCCCUGGUGUGGACAUUGUAAAUCACUGGAGCCAAUUUAUAAUGACUUGGGUAAAAAAUACAAGUCCCAGGAAGGCAUUGUUAUAGCCAAAAUGGAUGCUACUGCCAACGACAUACCCAAUGACAAGUACAAAGUGGAAGGAUUUCCUACAAUGUAUUUUGCUCCCAAAAACGAUAAACAAAACCCUAUUAAAUUUCAAGGCAGCAAUAGAGACCUAGAAGGACUGAGCAAGUUUAUUGAAGAACAUUCAACUAAAUCAAAGAGAAAAGAAGAACUUUAGGGCUAUUAGGGGUGUGGGCUACACUUUUUUUUUUAAAAAAAAAUUUCAGUUGUAAGUGAGAUUAAGGGGAACUAAAGUACUAAAGUUUUUUUUUUUGUAACAUAAACCAUUUAUGUGCUUAUGAGCACUUUAUAAAUGUCUAAAAUAAUGAGAUUAUGUGCUUGCAUUUUUUUCAUCACAAAUCGAGUUUCUCUGAAGACACCAACGUUCUUCUUUAGCUAACAAACUUUUUUUUUUUUGUAGAAAAAUUAAUUUUGAUUUGUCUCAAUUUGACUUACUCACUGUGUGUAGUUACAUCAUGCUUUUGGUACAAUUGAGAAUUAAACAUUGAAAUUAUUUUUCUA